GUAAAAAGAAAGUAAUAUUAGCAUGUCUCCUUUAUAAAUGAUUAAGCUCGCAUAAUUUCCGCACAUUGCAUUCAGUUUUGAACACAACAGAUCGUGAAAACACACAGAGACACCAUGGCUACAUUGAAGAUCCCCGCUCACGUUCCUUCUCCAUCCGAAGACGGUGAACAAUUGCGAAAUGCUUUUCAAGGGUGGGGAACGAAUGAAGGCUUGAUAAUCUCAAUCCUGGCUCAUAGAAAUGCAGCUCAGAGAAAGUUGAUUCGAGAAACUUAUGCUGAAACACAUGGAGAAGAUCUUCUUAAAGAUUUAGACAAAGAGCUUUCAAGUGACUUUGAGCGGGCUGUGAUGUUGUGGGCAUUGGAUCCUGCUGAGCGUGAUGCCGUUUUAGCUAAUCAAGCAACUAAAAUGUUGACUGCAAACAACUCAAUCAUAAUGGAAAUUGGUUCCACAAGAUCUUCACUCGAUCUCCUUAGGGCAAAGCAAGCGUACCAAGCCCGUUUCAAAAAGUCUCUCGAAGAAGAUGUUGCUUAUCAUACUUCUGGCGACAUCCGCAAGCUGUUGGUUUCUCUUGUGGGCAUAGUCCGUUAUGAGGGGGAUGAGGUGAACAUGACAUUGGCAAAAUCUGAGGCUAAAUUGCUUCAUGAGAAGAUUGCAGAAAAGGCUUACAAUCACGAGGACGUGAUCAGAAUUGUAACAACAAGGAGCAAAGCGCAGUUAAAUGCAACACUAAAUCACUACACCAAUGAGUUUGGGAAUGAAAUAGACAAGGAUCUGGAAACUGAUUCAGAAGAUGAAUAUCUGAAAUUAUUGAGGGCUGCAAUUAAGGGCUUGGCCUACCCUGAGAAAUAUUUUGAGGAGCUCUUAAGGUUGGCUAUAAACAAGACGGGAACUGAUGAAGGGGCCCUUACUAGAGUGGUGACAACUAGAGCUGAGGUUGAUUUGCAGCGAAUUGCGGAUGAAUACCAAAGAAGAAACAGUGUUCCUCUUGAUCGUGCCAUCGACAACGACACUUCUGGAGACUAUCAGAAAAUUCUUCUUGCUCUGUUGGGACGUGAUGAAUAGAGUUUUACUCUGUCCAGAAGUCGUGGGAUUGCUGUUGAUCUCUGGACAAUGUAUACAGAAUUCGGUGACUUGCUGGUCGUGAUGCUUGUGAGAUGUAUGAGUUAUCCUGGUGGCUUUAAAUAAUAUGUUUUUUGAAUAUGGCCUGAAAUUCAAAAACAGAACUUUGCCUCCAUAAAUAAAGAUAUAAUUGUCUUGUUUCUCUUGUUACUA